AAACAUGCCCGCUUUACUCUUCCAUUUGAAACGCUUCGACUUUCACCACCACGCUCACUCUCUCCCGCGAUGGCGAAGAAUCGGAAGAGGAGGAAAAGGCGAGUCCCGGAGAUUCUGUGGCGGCUCUUCCGCCACCGCGCUCGUACGCUCGCCGACACGAUCGCCUCUCUGAUUCCUCCUCUGCCGCAUUGCGGUUGCAAUGGGCGGCGCUGCCUCGGUUGCAUCGGCGGAGACGCCGACUCGUACCUUCUCCGUCCGCAAGAUCCCUCUGACUAUCGCAAGCUUUUGAGCGAGUGCUUCGUUGUCGUCUCUUACAAUGCGCCUCCGCUGUCCACCAUUUAUCUUGAUCGCCGGUGGUCUCAGCUACAGAUUGUCAGAAAGACCAUUGAAAUGAUCAUGUGUGAGCAACCAGGGUCUUCCAAUGUAUUAUGUGGUGGCUAUAGUAAGUGUAACAACUUGAGCUCCAUUGUAGAGCUUCUGACUUCUUCAGCCUGGGGUCUGCUCUUGGAAAGGGUUGGGGAUGAUAUCAUGGUUUACUUACUAAAGCAUACUUCAAUAUUUCUGCCGCUUCCUCAUAAGAUGCACUGUCAGGUGGCAGGUCCUCCUAUCAGUGAUUUAUGCAUUGGGUUGUCAAAACAUGUAUCAGACUCAAAACAUCAAAAGCCUUCACUCACUGAUCUUGGUCCUCAAAAGAAGAUGGAAAGGAAUGAUGGUGCUGUUAACUCAACAUCAGAGGAACAGCAACUAACCAGUUCUUUCAAUCGUGGUGGUCCUGUAAAUUUUGUUAGUUGUGUUGGCUGUAAUGGUGGGAAUUGCUUAAGAAAAUUUAGUGAACCUUGGGGGAAAAAGUGUGUUUGUAUGAGUUCAUGUGAAGAAACUAUGCAAACCACAAGUCUUGGAAUCGCUAAUAGGAAAGGAGCUCUACUUGGGGAAUGUCAGCAAAUUACAAGUCAGAUUUCUGUGCAGCAUAGGAAGCGUUUAAGACCAUCCAACUACCAGCAGGCCAGAAAGUGCAGUCAAUUGAAAUUUCAAGGCACUGACAUCCUGGGCCCUUAUACAACAAUCCCUUCCCAAAAAGAAAGCUUACAUAGAAGGCUUCAACAAGGCUCUAGUGCCAACUUAAGUCCUCACCAUGAAAAGUGUUCCUGUUGUUUGCUGUUGCAAGCUUCCCCAAAAGUCUCCCCUGGGGCUUAUAUUGACAGGAAAUCUAUGUUCCACAAAUUGGAGCAUUCUUUGUCAGUUAUUCCAAGAAAACACAUACUAAAUUCCUUGAAGCCCAAUUUUUCUGGUGCAAACGUUCUUCUAAGGGAUAUCUUAGGCUUAUCCAGUGGGAAUGUAACUGAGUCAAAGCAAUGUUUUCACAAUACUGCUUCUUGUCUCAUUGGAUCUGCUUGCCUAUAUCAUUCACUUGUUAGUUUGCUUACACUUCUCAUACGCAAAACUCAAUCUUGCCGGCAUUUGAGGUUGUUGGAUAAGCACUGUGCUGUUCCAUCCUUAGGACAAAGUGCCAAUGAAAAUGCCCUCUACAUGUCUGAGGGAAAUGAAUCUGGUAUAAAAUCAUCUGAGAAAGGAGAACCAAUAGCUCAGCUGGACAGUGUUCUGCCCCUCGAGAAAUCUCAUGUUCAUGAAUCCAAACAUCUCAAGAAAACUCUGAAUGUUCUUAGUCAUCAAUUUGAACUGAAUAGAUCUUAUUGCUCAAAAAGUCAGGUGAUAUCUUUUAUUUCAGCUGUUUGUAAGAGAAUAGUUCCUUCACGUUUGCUAGGAACUCCUUCUAAUUGGAGAAUUUUAAGGAAGAAAAUUUCAAAAUUUGUUUGGCUACGUAGAUUUGAGAAGCUAUCUCUGAAGCAAUGUAUGCAUAAAUUAAAAAUAUCAAGGUUUCCUUUGCUUUCAAAUAAACAUUCUUCUUGCUACCUGAGUAAUCAUGUACUGGAAUACACAACAGGAAAGAGUAUGGACACAGAUAAAAGAUGUACUGAAUUGAAUGAUGCCAUUUAUAUUAUGAAGCACAAAAUUUUAGAAAGAUGGAUCUUUUGGUUCUUCUCAUCUCUUGUGGUGCCACUGGUGCAAGCCAACUUUUAUGUCACUGAAAGUGAGCAUGGGAAAAAUGAUCUGUUUUAUUAUCAAAAAUCAGUUUGGGAGAAGCUGACCAACAGUGCCACCACUUGCUUGAAAGAGCAGAGCUAUCGUUCCUUGGAUGACGUGUCAGUUGGACAAAUUUUAAGUGAUAGAUCAUUUGGUUUUUCUAGGCUUAGAUUUCGUCCAAAAGAGAAAGGAGUAAGGGCACUAGCCAAUCUCAAUGGAUCAUCAAAAUUUCGAGUGCAAGAUUCCCCUUUGAAAGAUCAAUCUUUGGGAAUGCAAAGAAAAGCACAUCUCCAUCUGGAAAGAGUUAAAUUUGACCAUUUCAAGUCUGUGAAUUUUGUUCUUCGUGAUUUACAUGCUGUCCUAAAAGGUUUACAGAUGAAAGAACCAGAGAGGUUAGGGUCAUCAAUAUUUGACUACAAUGAUGUCUACAGAAAGUUAUGCCCAUUUCUGAUAAGUGUGAAGAAUGGGUCAACAACCAUGCCCAGUGUGUUCAUUGUUGUUUCUGAUGUUUCUAAAGCAUUUGAUUCUGUCAAUCAGGAUAAGCUGCUCAAAGUAAUGAAAGAUGUCAUAGUGAAAGGUAAAUAUCUUCUAAAGCAGUCUUAUCAAGUUGUCUGCACAAGGAAAGCUCUUUGGGCGUGUGAGAAUCAAAUAUUGGUGGAUCAAAACAUUGGCACUGGUCUUGCAGAGUUCACAUCUUCUGUCCUGUCUCAUUCAUUGCAUAGUGUCCUUGUUAAUCAGGUGCGGAGAAGGACCAUAGGGAGCAAAGAGCUUUAUUUUAAUCUGAAUGAGCAUGUGAAGCGCAAUGUGCUGCAAUUAGGCAACAAAUUUUACUUGCAAAAUUCCGGUAUCCCCCAAGGAAGUGUUCUGUCUUCUUUGCUUUGCUCAUUUUACUAUGGACAUAUGGACAGGAAUGUGAUAUUUCCUUUUCUUGAAAAAACUUGUGGACCAGCAACUGAAUAUGUAUCAGGAAAAGAUAAUUGUCAUGAUGUAUCUGCUGCACCGAGCAGCAGUGAGAAUAAUGUCAUCACAUCAUCCCCUAAAUAUAUGCUUCUCAGGUUCAUUGAUGACUUCCUUUUUUUAUCAACCUCUAAGCAGCAGGCUGCUAGCUUCUUCUCCAGGUUGCAGAGAGGAUUCCGUGAUUACAAUUGCUACAUGAAUGAGGGCAAGUUCGGUAUGAAUUUUGAUAUUGGCCACAUAUCUAGGCUUUCAUCAAACAGAAUAUAUGUGGGUGAAGAUGGUAUCUCAUUUCUUCGAUGGAGUGGUUUACUAAUCAACUGCUGUUCAUUAGAAGUUCAGGCAGACUACACAAGGUAUGCUAAUAGCCAUUUAAGUUCGACGCUAACUGUCUGCUGGCAAGGGAGACCAGGUCGUCAAUUGAAGGCAAGGCUGUUUAAUUAUAUGCAACUUAGGUGCCAUCCCUUAUUCUAUGACUCGAAUAUUAAUUCAGCAGCUACUGUGAGAUUAAACAUCUAUCAAGCUUUUCUGUUAAGUGCAAUGAAGUUCCAUUGCUACACCCGCAACUUGUCAAACAUAUGCAAACUUCAAUCAGGAUACCAUAUGGAGAUCAUUGAAAAAGCUUUAAGGCGUAUGCACACGUUUAUAAAGAGAAGGAUGCGUUCUAUGGAUCUCGAUUCUAGUUUCCACCCAAUUCUUCAACUGAAAAAAGGAGAUGUUCUAUGGCUUGGAUUGAAAGCUUUUAUCCAAGUACUGAAGAGAAAACAGUCACGCCAUAAAGAGUUGCUUUCUUUACUGAAAUCCAAGUUAUUGGCACAUCCAUUACCAGAGACUGCUUCAUCUGAACUCAAGUAUGCAGUUGAUGAUUCACAUUCAUCUUUACUUUGGAAAAUCAAGUACUGAAUUUUUACAUAACAUAUUUCCUUCAUUUUAUAUGCAAACUUUCAUUUCUCAGCUGAACACUUAUAGUGGAAACCUAGACUUGAGUAUGGUCUGGGCUAAAGAGCACCGAAAAGUAGAAAAUACACAGAACACUCACCAUAGGCUGCUUUGUGAACAUCUUUAAACUUU